AUGUACCAUGAUGUCAUUCAUUUUUUUCAAGAUGAGGAGGAGUGUGAUAUUUUGAAAAGGUAUAAUUUGGGCCUAAAUAUAAUCUAUCUAUCUAUCUAUCUAUCUAUCUAUCUAUCUAAUUUUAUUCCUAGAUCUCAUCUGUUCGUAUCUAUCUAUCUAUCUAUCUAUCUAUCUAUCUAUCUAUCUAUCUAUCUAAUUUUAUUCCUAGAUCUCAUCUAUCUCAUCUGUUCGUAUCUAUCUAUCUAUCUAUCUAUCUAUCUAUCUAUCUAUCUAUCUAAUUUUAUUUCUAGAUCUCAUCUGUUCGUAUCUAUCUAUCUAUCUAUCUAUCUAAUUUUAUUUCUAGAUCUCAUCUGUUCGUAUCUAUCUAUCUAUCUAAUUUUAUUUCUAGAUCUCAUCUGUUCGUAUCUAUCUAUCUACCUAUCUAUCUAUCUAUCUAUCUAUCUAUCUAUCUAUCUAUUUGAUCUGUAUCUAGCUCUUUUUCACGUUUAUCUUACUACACAUUUCUCUUUCUCCCUCCCUCUCUCCCCUCCUCCCACUCGUUUUAACUAUCUAUCUCUCUAUAUAUAUUAUAUCUCUCAAUUUCUCUACCAAUCCUUUUCAUUUCUCUCCCUUCCUCUUGCUCGUCUUAUCUAUCUAUCUAUCUAUCUAUCUAUCUAUCUAUCUAUCUAUCUAUCUAUCUAUCUAUCUAACUCGAUAUAUUUUAUCUUGCGAGUUUGUAUCUCGCUUUCUUUCUCUUUAUUUUUUACCCAUUUUUCAUUGUCUUUAUCUCUCUUCCCCUCGCCCGUUUUAUCUCUAUUUCACUCUCUCCCCCUCCCUAUUUAUCUCUCACCCUUUCUCCCCCCCUCUCUCGCUCGCUAUAUACGCACACAUAUCUAUCUAUCUAUCUAUCUAUCUAUCUAUCUAUCUAUACAAAAGGGAACAAUGAAAUCAACACUCAGAGCUAUUGUCUCUCUCUCCCCUCUCUCUCUCUCUCCUUCUUCCUCUUUCUCUCUCUCUCUCUCUCUCUCUAUCUCUAUCUCUCUAUCUACUUAUCUAUCUUUGUCUCUUUCUCUAUCUCUCUUUCUCCGCCUCCAUCUCUCUCUUUCUUUCUCUCUCUCUAUCUCUCUAUCUAUCGAUAAAGCUACCUUUCUCUCUCUCUCUCUAUCUCUACCUUUCUCUCUUUCUCUCUCUAUCUCACUCUUUCUUUCUCCCUUUCUCUCUUUUUUCUCUCUAUCCAUAUAUCUAUCUAUCUUUGUGUUUCUUUCUCACUAUCUCACUUUCUUUCUCUUUCUCUUUCUCUCUCUCUCCCCCCUCUGA